CCCUUCCCAAUGAGCCCAAACGAGAAGUAUCAAGCCGUCCUAGCGGCAGUGGAGAAAGGGGACUGUGAUUUGUUCCUCGCGCGACUGCGGGAUGGACGCUCUGACGGACGAUGGAUGCGAAAACGGGGUUGCCGCACGUUUUGUUACUUGUGGACGAGGCAGGGACUUUCCGAUGUGGAUAUCAUCGCGACUGUUUCCGGGCCGGAUUAUGCUCCACCCGUUUUUGGUGUCAACAUGGUGCGACAACCUGGCGCAGCAUUAUCUACCGCACUCGCCAUUACUGUUCAGCAAAGCUGGUUCCCGAAGUGGUUCUCACGAUGGAGUUGAUUACCAACUGAGAAGGGAAUCGUUCUCGUUGGUUCAAUCGCACGCAUGUGAGAAGACAGGUGCUGGAUUGGCAUUAGAGCACGAGAGGCUUGGGGCAAGUGUGAGGGACGUCAAAAAAAGCGUCUUCAUUCGGGAACAACCUGAACAACCCAGCAGAACGCGCCACGAACGCGGACACGGCGUUCGGCGCUUGCAAAUCAACUGUUGCGAUUCUUCGACAACAAGGGUCGGAGUUCGGGCGUCCAAUGGGAACGACAUAGGUUCCCUCCGGGAAGCGAAGCGUGUGAACGUCGCCAUCUUGCGCGCGAAGCUUGCGCUCUUUGUCUUGGGCGAUAUGAGGACGGUAGCUCGGGCGCUUUGCAUCUGGAUAAUGCUCAAGCACGCACGCGAAAGGGUCUGGUUCCAGUCUGAUGCUGGAGACAUCCAACGGACGAAGGUCCGGACUGUAGAGAGGGCACUUAGGACAUACCCUCCGUUCUUACAAGACCUCGGAGACACGGUGUGGCUUGAGUAUGAGGAUGGGAAGUUCUCCCGCAUGUCGGACGAAGACGUAUUCUGGGCCGACAAGACCACCGAAGCCCGACAGCUGCGUUGGCUGGAACAGUACGACAGUGGAGACGCGGCGAACACCAACGAUACCCAAUCAACAUCGUCGAGCCGCGUCAAUGCCAAACCAAGGUUUGUCCCUGCGAACGAGGAGGCUGCGGAAAAGCGCGCAGUGAUGGCAACGACCUUCCUUCACAACAACAAUCUCACCCCCGAGCGCAAGCACGAGCUGUGGGACGAAUGCUUUCGCCUCGACACCAAGGCAUUUCGCCCUCAGCGGUCGACGGCCGCGAAGGACUACGACAAGGGAUGGUCAAAGUUUGCCCUCGCGGCUGUCAAGGCCACCUACGUUGACCACGAUCUCGACACAGUGCAGCGAGCUGAGAACGUCGUCGUCAUUGACCCGAACAAGGGCGAGGUCUGA